AUGGCACAGACAACUGCAAACACUGGCAUGGAGUUAGCAGACAGAGCAGUUGGGUUUUUGUUAUCUCUGAUCAGCAUAUCUAUCUUCACUUAUUAUACUUUCUGGGUUAUCAUUUUGCCAUUUGUAGACAGUGAUCACUUUAUCCACCAGUAUUUCCUGCCACAAGAAUAUGCCAUACUCUUACCUGUAUUUGCUGGCGUGGCGCUUCUCUGCUUCUUAUGCAUGUUUGUUGGAUUUGUGAUGCUUAAAUCCAAAAAGAAGAAGGCGUAA